AUGACCCGAUGUCAAAGUGACACGGAGGGCGACAUCAGCAAGGUCCUUGUAAAGAGUCUGGCAGAAGCCCACGCAAACACCAACCCAAAACUGGAGUACAUACACGAGAUGUUCAGAAAACCACAGGAUGUGUCGAAACUGUUGUACUACAACUCGAUGAGUUAUGAAGAGAUGUGGAUGGACUGUGCAGAUAAACUGACGACGAUGAUCCAGAACAUCAUUGAGUUCGCCAAACUUAUACCUGGCUUCAUGAAGUUGUCACAGGAUGAUCAGAUUCUCUUGCUGAAAUCUGGUUCGUUUGAGCUGGCGAUCGUAAGGCUUUCGCGGCUUAUCGACGUGAACCGCGACCACGUGUUGUACGGCGAUGUUGUUUUGCCUAUAAGAGAGUGCGUGCAUGCACGCGACCCCAGGGAUGCUGCGCUGGUAGCCGCCAUAUUCGAUGCGGCGAAGACGAUUGCGCGGCUCAAGUUGACUGAGACUGAACUUGCUCUGUACCAGAGUCUGGUGCUGUUGUGGCCAGAACGGCACGGCGUCCGAGGCAACCCAGAGAUCCAGUGCCUGUUCAACAUGUCCAUGGCGGCGAUGCGCCUCGAGAUCGAGGCGAACCACGCGCCACUCAAAGGUGACGUCACUGUGCUACAAACAUUAGUGAACAACAUACCCGCCUUCAGAGAACUAUCGCUGAUGCAUCUAGAGGCGCUUCACCGUUUCAAGAUGGCCCACCAGAGCCACGUGUUCCCAGCGUUGUACAAAGAACUGUUCUCCCUGGACAGUGUCCUGGACUAUACGCACGGUUAA